CAAGAUGUUAGAGGAACGAAAUGGCUGAAAAACAUUCAACGUCCAAACUCAAACGAAAUAAACCGUCCGUGAAAGAUCUCCAGCCGGCAGUUCGUCCACUGCAGAGGAGCCACGCGGCGUCGUUGUCCAGCGAGCUCACCGCCGGGAGGUCGGCGUGGGGGAGCAGCGAGCAGCGGCCCGCGGAGGAGAGCCUGUGGCUGUCGGUGCUGAAGUCCGAACUGCCCGACCUGGAGGAUCAGAACUGGGACCAGGUUCCGGAUCUUCCACUUCCAUCCGCAGCGAAACCCUUCGCCGUGAAGCUAGACGAGCGGUGGUUGUGUGACCUCGGCGACGAGGUCGCUCCCUUUCCUGAACCCUCGCCACCUUCUCCGAGGACUUCACGGAGUCCAGAUCCCGCCGGUAGCGGCUCCUCCCAGCAGGAGCUCUCGGUACACGGCCGACUCGGACCGGCGUCGUCUCACAGCGGGCGAAGUCACGACGGCGAGACGGCGUCCCCACAAGAACUCGCCGAUAGAGCUCCGCCCCCCCGCAGCUGGGGGGGGCCGGCGUCAUCAGCCGGAGCGCCGGGGGGAGGGGCCCACGGGGGGAGGACGGGAGGAGAGGAAGACACUGGACCGGUCUGCAGACGGCCUCGAGCCAACCAGGGGACGCCGUCUGACGGCCGAGUCCAUCUGCAGAGGCAGGAGGAAGAGGAAGAGGAGGCACACACGAGUGUCAGAGGAGGAGGAGGGGACCGAGAGCUGCAGAGCUGCCCCAUGUGCCUGAUGGUGUUCCCCGUCGGGUUCAGCCAGAUGGAUUGUGACGGCCACCUGGCCCAGUGCCUGUCAGAGGUCAACGUGGACAUGAGCUGGUGACACACACACACACGCACACACACACACACUACGCUGCCUCCUGGGGAACCUGAGAAGCAGUUUUGUGAUACAACCUCAAACUUUCAUCCCAGUAUUUUCGAGGAUCUUUGCAGUAACAGUUUGUACUUGUGGUCGAUAUCAUGCUCUCUCGCUCUCUCUCUCCAUAUACAGGACUGUCUCAGAAAAUUAGA